AUGCCCUCGACGUCUGACCCAGACGAUCUGCCAACCAGAGCUAUGGAUUCCCCUGCGUAUCCUGCUGCGCCCCUGGGGUCUCCUGCAGCGUACCCCCCACGGACUCUGGCCUCACCCUCCUUCACACCGAGACCUAUGGAGACACCCAUCUUUCCCCCGCGGACCUCAGACUCUUCCUCGCUGUCAACUAAGCUGGAGGCGCCCCCUUCCCCUCCAGCCUACCCGCCGAGGAGUAUGGAUAUGCCUUAUGGCCAGCGACCUCUUCCAGAGCAUCCUAUGGGAUACUCAAACUACUCGCCAGGAUCGUUCCCACCGUCUUCCGGGCCCUAUGGUCCCCCGCCAGUGUCGUUUGCCUCGCUACCUCCCUCCUUCACGCCCUCGUCUCUGACGCCCUCGCUCCCCUCUACUCCAGGAUUCCCCCCGUCAGGAGCUACUGGAUCGCCCCCUCUGGAAGCGUUUGUACAGUUGCUUCUUGCAAUGAACGUCGAAGAUCAACUGAAGUGUGGCUAUCGAGGUUCACGGAAGCUCGCAGAUGAAACAGUUUUACCAGUGACAUCAAAUAACUUUCAGCACACAGCACAGCUCACUUGCCCUUCCCAACCCCUGUCUGAGCAAAUGACUAAGAGUGUUACAAAUGCAAUUAUGCCAUCUGUGUCCAGGGCUGCCCCAUCGCCCCCUCCUGCAGGAGAAGGGGGAAAAAAGUUGAAAAUCCUCAUUCCCUAUAAACAGCGUAUGAACUGA